GCUUGAUGAAGGAUCCCCCUUGAUGUGAUUUACCUAGACUUUUCGAAGGCAUUCGACAGAGUCAAUCACUUAGCUCUGCUUCAUAAGCUUCGUGCCUACGGUAUCCAUGGUUCCCUACUCACCUGGCUAGCAGCAUAUUUGCAUGACAGAACGAUCAAGGUCAGAGUCGCCGAUGCCCUCUCGGAAACCCUCUGCAUCUCCAGCGGUGUUCCUCAAGGAUCCGUCCUUGGUCCCCUCCUUUUUCUGGUCUACAUUAACGACCUCCCGGAUAAUAUUCAAUCCUCGAUGCAAAUUUUUGCAGAUGACGCAAAAAUCUGGAGAGUUAUUCGCUCAACAUCAGACUGUGCCCUCCUCCAGAAUGAUUUGGAUCGAAUCAACAAAUGGGCAGAUAUAAACCACCUCCCCCUGAAUCCUGCCAAGUGUCACCUACUGUCAUUGCGCA